AUGGAUUACGGACUACCUCACAGACAGUACGUCAGACUGAAGGGUCACAUGUCAGACACUGUGGUCAGCAGCACCGGAGCACCACAGGGGACCGUGCUCUCUCCCAUCCUCUUCACCUUGUACACAUCUGACUUCCAGUAUAACACCGGGCUCUGCCACAUGCAGAAAUACUCAGACGAUACUGUGAUAGUUGGCUGUAUCAAGGAUGGACAGGAGGAGGAGUACAGGAGCCUGGUAGAGGAAUUUGUGAGGUGGCGCAGGACCAACCAUCUGCAGCUGAACACCUCUAAGACCAAGGAGAUGGUGGUGGACUUCAGAAGGAAGAAACCACAUCUCCAGCCUGUGUCCAUCGAGGGGGUCGAUGCGGAGGUGGUCAGGAUUUACAAAUAUCUGGGGCUGCAGCUGGAUGACAAGCUGGACUGGACAGAAAAUAUGGACAUUCUCCACAGGAAAGGGCAGAGCCAUCUGUACUUCCUGAGAAGGCUGGGGUCCUUCCACAACUGCAAAAAACUGCUGCAGAUGUUUUACCAGUUUGUGGUGGCCAGUGUCCUCUUUUAUGCUGUAGUUUGCUGGGGAGGAAGCAGCAAGAGAGAUGCCGCCCCACCUUCAUUUACAGCAACGCCGCCACAGUAUGUGGAGGCGAAGGAAGGGGGAAGCACUCUGCUUAGCUGCUCUGCCCAGGGAAAUCCAAAACCAAUGAUCAGCUGGCUGAGGGAGGGGGAGGAGCUCGCAACCAACGCCAAGUAUUCAGUACAUGAUGGCAGUCUAACAAUCCUUGGCAUCACUAGAGAUGACAGAGGAGCGUACACAUGCCGAGCCUACAGUGACCAGGGAGAAGUGCUCCACACCACCCGUCUGCUGGUUCAAGGGCCUCCAUACAUCGUCUCUCCACCAGAAAACGUCACUGUAAACAUAUCCCAGAAUGCACUCUUCACCUGCCAAGCGGAGGCAUAUCCUGGCAACCUGACCUACACCUGGUACUGGGAAGAGGAUAACGUCUACUUCAAGAAUGAUCUGAAGCUCCGAGUGCGCAUUCUCAUCGACGGCACCCUUAUCAUCUUCCGGGUCAAGCCGGAGGAUGCUGGGAAAUACACCUGCAGUCCGAGCAACAGCCUCGGUAUCUCGCCCUCGGCGUCAGCCUACCUGACUGUUCAGUACCCUGCCCGAGUGAUCAACAUGCCCCCGGUCAUCUACGUCCCACGGAAACUGCCAGGCAUCAUCCGCUGCCCGGUGGACGCCAACCCACCUGUGACAUCAGUGAAGUGGGAGAAAGAUGGCUAUCCUCUCAGAGUGGAGAAGUACCCCGGUUGGAGCCUGAUGCCAGAUGGAAGUAUCCGGGUGGCAGAGGCCACUGAAGACUCCCUGGGCACCUACACCUGUGUGCCUUACAACGCCCUGGGUACCAUGGGCAUGUCCCCCCUGCCACUUUGCAAGGAGGACCAUGGAGAAUGGGAGUGUGUAGCCACCAAUGUGGUCACGAGCAUCACUGCCAGCACGCGUAUCCUAGUCAUCG